GACGAGAAUACGCAUGCACAACAAUGGCAUCGAUUUUGAAAUGGGCAAGAUCAGCUACUAGAAGAAAGCCAUCCCCGCCAUUGCGAUUCCCUACAACGGGGUAUGAAUUGAUCAGUGACGCUCAACCACUUGAUGAGGAACAAAUUGAGGGGUUCAAAAGAGGAUUGUAUUAUCCUGUGAAUAUUGGAGAUAUGCUUAUGUCUAAAUAUCAAGUCGUUGGGAAGCUUGGAUAUGGCGUAAUGUCUACUGUUUGGUUGGCGCGCAAUCUCCUGUAUGUGUUUCGCAUUAUUUUCGUAUCCAUUUACUAAAAACCUAGAGCUCAUGAACCCUGUGGUGGCAGAAUUAGAGAAAUUAGAACUGCGUCUUCAGGGUAGGAAUAAGGAAAUGUUCUUGAAUAUGAUGCGUGGUAUGCUUCAAUGGCGACCGGAAGAUAGGAAAUCUGCUAGGCAAUUAGCUGACGAUCCUUGGAUCAAUGAGAUACACAUUACAUGAAAGAUUCAGAAUGAGAUCUUUAUGUGUUGUUUGA